AUGAUUUGCUGCGAGGGGUUGAUGAGACUCUGGGGUAGUGUACUAAGUGACCCCGCACUGUUGUCGUUGAUAGCGCUUCUGUUUAUGAACGAUCACUUUUCGCAUCACAGCUCGGGGAGGCCAUCUCGAAAGAUUUACAGAGAGGGGGUGGUCAUCGUAAGUUCUGUCUCGGAGGAAACACUCUCAUCUUCGAUGGUCAGCGAAAAAGUGAUGCCUGAUGGCCAUUGCGAUAUUAUUUUGUUCCGUCGCACUUCUGUGCACUGUGGAUCAGACACACACACAUACACACACACACCGCAGACACAUCUGGGUCCUUUACGUGCGCCAUCCACGUUAACGCGAUGUAUGAACUGCAUGUUAAGUUUCUUCGACCACUCACGCAUACAGCUACCCGACCUCCGGGUAAAAUCAGGCACGGACCAAGCACGGUGUUCUGUCCUUGCAUUGCAGCCUCUCGCCCUUGGGACACUCGGCUGCCGGGAAGAAGACCUGCUCUAG